UUAUUCCAAAAAAGAAAGAGAAAGAGAAUACAAAAAUAAUGGUGGUAACGGGUGGAGGAAUGUUGUCGCCCACAACCACAGUAGUAAGAUUUCAGGCCAACGGCGCUCCACCUCCGGAAAUUCACAGCCGAAGACCUCUUCUAUCCAUCCCCAAGCCAUCUUGGAUUGUUAAAACUGAGUCUAAUGUUAGAUUAGAGAAAAGACCAAAACCGGAUCCUUCAUGUGUUGUUUGCAGAGGCAGUGGCAGAGUUGAUUGUCAUGAUUGUUGUGGCAAAGGAAGGACAAAUAAUGUUGAAUUAGCAAUGCUCCCAAGUGGGGAGUGGCCAAAAUGGUGUAAGACUUGUGGUGGUAGUGGGCUAGCUUACUGCUCACGCUGUCUUGGGACGGGAGAAUACAGGUAUCUUAUGGGAUUUCAUUUCAUGAAGAAAGAUGAACAUGAAGCUCAAGUUGGAGAUCGGGGUAAUUACAAGGUUCGUGAUAUGUUACGUGAUCGCAAAAGGGCAGAAAAUUUGCUCCCAAAUGAUGAUAUAGCUUAGCUGGGACACUUCUUUCUUCCAUGUUGUAGUGUAUGUAUCAUUUUGAAGAAAACAUUUCUGUACGUAGAAUAUAAGGUGAAUCCAAAAUUUACAUUUAGAUUAAUUGAUACAAUCCAUGUACCAAAACUACUUAGGAA